UUGGGCUGCGUGUUCGCGGAUUUGUGUGCAUCGAAAUGCACAAGCAUGCAUAAUUGUAAGGGAUGUUGUUUUGAGCGGUGUGUGGAGAGACAAAAAGCGUUUGCAAAAUAUCGGAACUAUUGAAAUAUUUGAAAUGCACUAGACUUCAAACUGUUAAAGUUAUAUUGGAACUAAAAAUGAACGCCAAAGUGUUAUUUUCAGCUGAAGUAGCCUUUAUAUUUUUUAUAAUUGCUAGAGUUUUAUCCGCUUUAUUUCUACAUAUAACGGACUGCGAUGAAACUUACAACUAUUGGGAACCACUUCAUUAUCUGGUGUAUGGCAAAGGAUUUCAAACAUGGGAAUACAGCCCAGCGUAUGCCCUGCGUUCUUAUUUGUAUCUUCUUAUACAUGCCAUACCGGCUGCAAUUUGUAAGGAACUAAAUCUGAGUAAGAUAUGGGCAUUCUACAAUACCCGAAUCGUGUUGGCAGUUGCAUGUGCCGUGUUGGAAGUCCAAAUGUACAAAUCCAUCCGACGAAUAUUUGGGAUUUCAACAGCUACCACUUGGUUAGUCUUUCAACUUUUUUCUCCUGGAAUGUUUAUUUCAAGUACUGCGUUGCUCCCCAGCACGUUUUCGAUGUACUUUACAAUGGCUUUCCUAAUAAGUUGGUGGAAUAAAAACAUAAAAUUGUCUAUCUUUUGCGUCGCAAUAUCAACCCUAUUAGGGUGGCCAUUUGCUGCAGUUGUGUCUUUACCGUUUCUCUAUGAUACCCUUUGGAAACAGAAAAAAGUAAAGUAUUUUUUAAUUUGGAGUUUCAUCGUCGCGGCGCUUAUCGGGUUGCCACUUAUAUUAGUGGAUUCUUAUUUUUAUGGAAAACUUGUAUUCGCGCCAUUGAACAUUAUCACUUACAACAUUUUUUCAUCACACGGUCCUAAUUUAUACGGAAUUGAGUCAAAAUAUUUCUACGUCAUCAAUUUGUUUUUGAAUUUUAAUAUCGUUUGGUGUUUGGCCAUUAUGUAUCCGUUUUUGGUGAUACUUGGAAUGAUUUUAUUGGAUUCGAAACAACGUGUUGUUGUAAGAAACAACUUCUGGAAAAUAUCAUCCGUGUAUUUAUGGAUGUUAGUAUUCUUCAUACAACCACAUAAAGAGGAAAGGUUUUUGUUUCCGGUUUAUCCUUUAAUUACGUUAUGUGGAUCUCUAUUUAUCACUACAGUUCAAAGCGUAUCAUCUUCUAGGAAUGUGAAAAUCCCUGAUUUUUUCAUUUAUGCAUUGAAAGCUGGCUUCUUUCUUUUGUGUUUAGCAAGAAUUUCAGCUUUAUACAGAAACUAUCAUGCCCCAAUGAAUAUAGCCAUAGAGUUAAAUCCUUCUUCGUUAGAUCAAAACGUAUGCAUCGGAAAGGAAUGGCACAGAUUUCCUGGAAGUUUCUUUGCCGCAGAUAAUAACCGUAUAAGAUUCAUUCCAUCUCACUUUACUGGUAUUUUACCAGCUUAUUUCAAUGAAACCUCGGAAGGUACAAAAAUGGUUCACCAGUACUUCAAUGACCAAAACCGAGCCAAUGAUUAUAUGUUGUUUGGCUUGGAUCGCUGUGAUUAUUUGAUUGAUUUUGAUAAUGGUAAAGACUUCAAUUCUACUGAGACUGAACCCAACUUCACCAGAAAUGGAAAGGAAUGGAAAGUAGAAAAAAGUGUUUCUUUUCUAGACGCGCCUAGCUCACACACUUUAUUUCGAGCAUUUCAUGUACCAUUUUUUGGUGAUAAGUUUGUUGUGUUUAGAGACUAUAAUUUAUUAAAACGAAUCUAAAAAACGAAAAA